UAAACAGAGACAGACGAAUUAGGGUUUAUUUUUAGCAUUUGUGGGAGAUCAUUUCAAAACCCUACUUCAACCCCUCGGUGAAAAAGACGGCGAAAUCAGGAAAUGGCUUCUUCGAUUGCAAUUAGAUCUCAUCAUCGCCUGGUGCCAAGUUUAGUUAAGCAGCUUCGAUCUCGCAACCCAAGGAGGCUGUUAUCUACGGAAGCUUCUUCGAAGGUCUCCUCAGGCCAGCAGCAGCAGCAGCAGCAGCAGUCGCUCUUUUCUUCUGAUUUCCCACCGCCAGAUCAGUUUCCUCCUCCUGAGGCUGCUGCUGCGGCCGCGGGGGAGGCGCUGGGGAAGGAGAGGAAAGGUCUAAAGUAUUUAAGUAACGGACUCAUCUGGGCAAUCACUGGUGCUACCGCUGCUGUUGGUUACACUAGCUAUGCUUACACAUUGGAUGAAGUGAAUGAAAAGACUAAGGCCUUCCGCGAAUCAGCUCUGAAGCCACCUCCUCCUCCUCCUCUUGAUUCUUCCUCCUCCGCCAUUGAUAAAUAUCAGGCAAUCUUGUACUCUGCUGCCAUCAAAGUUCCUGCAAGAGCCAUCGAAAUGUAUUUGGAGCUUAGGGAACGCGUUGAGGAACAUGUUAAAGGCUUUACAGAACCUCUCUCGGAGAAGCUUCUUCCUGAUCUGCAUCCCGCUGAACAGAAUGUUAUCUACACUCUCGUUCUUGAUUUGAAUGAGACUCUGCUUUACACUGACUGGAAGCGAGAGAGGGGGUGGAGGACGUUCAAAAGACCAGGUGUCGAUGACUUCUUGGAGCACCUUGGCAAAUUCUAUGAGAUUGUCGUCUAUUCUGACCAGAUGGAUAUGUACGUAUAUCCGGUAUGUGAGAAGUUAGACCCGAAUGGCUACAUACGUUAUAAGCUAGCAAGAGGCGCUACCAAAUACGAGAAUGGGAAGCACUACAGGGAUUUGUCGAAGCUGAACAGAGACCCCAAGAGGAUUCUGUAUGUUAGCGGGAAUGCUUUUGAUACAAGCCUUCAGCCUGAGAAUUGCGUCCCAAUCAAGCCUUACAAACUCGAGUCCGAUGACACGGCGCUUGUAGAUCUCAUACCCUUCCUCGAGUAUGUUGCACGUAACGGUCCAGCGGAUAUCAGACCGGUUCUAGCCUCUUACGAGAGAAAAGAUGUUGCCAAAGAGUUCCUUGAGAGGUCCAUUGAGUAUCAAAAGCGAAUGCAAGGACAAAGACAAGGCCGACUCUGGAGGCGUUAGAAGGAUCUAAAGACAUUUUAUGUAUAGUGAGAGAAGAUUAUAUCCUCAUUGAUGCAUUACACCCAUAAAAACAGGAGCAAGAGCUACUGUUCUUCGUCUGUGAGGAGUUUAGGUAAACUCCAAACUAAAAAAUCGUGUCUUUACUCGUCAAAAAAGAGUUUGUGUUCUGUGUGACCUCUUCUGUCUCGGCUUUACAAAGUAAACUUUUUUCCAAGAGAGUCAAAAUGAAUGGUUCCUUUUUAUAUGAUUUAGCAAAGUUGUAAUCUGUUUUGGUUAAUUAAGAUUAUGAAUUUUGAGAAUUUUUAAGGUGGUUGAAACAUGUA